GUCUUCUGCUAUUAUAUUCAUUUUCGCAAACACUUUCUCUUCAUUUCUAAAUUCAAUUCAAUCACCAUCGUUAUCAUCGUUUUCCCUUUUUCCAUUUUUAUGUAUGUUCUGAUUCCGCACUCACAGAGCUAGCUAUGGAUUAUUAUGAUUCUCUGAAUUCUCUAUGGAUUCGUUUUACAACUCUUGCGAAUUCGUACUUAUCGCAAUAUGAGCCUUUGGUUCUGGUUUCGGCUCCUCUCUUUGCUCUCUUCCUAGCUUCUGUACUCCAAUCGCUUAUUUGCGUUGUCCAUGGGAAAGGACUCAAAGCUACCGUCUUAUCUCUUUUCAUGAACACCAUCAAAUUGGUACCAGGUGUAAAGGGUUAUAUCGAUGCCGAGAAACAGAAGGUUGUAGAUAAAUUAAAUUCGGGUGGUAAAUCUAAAAGACAAGGUUGGAGGACUGAGUUGCCAAGUGUGGGGAUGGGAGCAGGAGUCAUAGACAGAAUGAAUGAUGAGAAAAGAAAAGAUGUAGCUUGGCAAGGAAAAUGCUCUGGUACAGUCUAUAUUGGCGGAAGUGAAAGUGAAGGGCACUUUUCUCUGAUUAAUGAGGCAUGCUCAAUGUUUGCACAUACAAAUCCAUUACAUUUGGAGGUAUUCCAAAGUGUUGUACGGUUUGAAGCUGAAGUGGUUGCCAUGACUGCUGCAUUUCUUGGCAGUAAAGAAAAAUCUUCUGGAGGGCAAAUAUGUGGAAACAUGACUUCAGGAGGAACUGAGAGUAUCAUAUUAGCUGUGAAAUCAUCACGUGACUAUAUGAAAGCUAAGAAAGGAAUAUCGAGACCAGAAAUGAUAAUACCUGAAUCUGCACAUUCAGCAUAUGACAAGGCCGCGCAAUAUUUUAACAUCAAGUUGUGGCGUGUUCCUGUAAAUAAAGAAUUUCAAGCAGAUGUCAAAGCAAUUAGAAGAUAUAUCAGUAGAAACACUGUUUUGAUUGUUGGAUCUGCACCUGGUUUCCCUCAUGGAAUAAUUGACCCUAUUGAGGAACUUGGUGAAUUAGCUUCUAGCUAUGGGAUAUGUCUACACGUGGACCUCUGUCUUGGUGGAUUUGUAUUGCCUUUUGCUCGUAGACUAGGGUAUCCUAUCCCCCCUUUUGAUUUUUCCGUCAAAGGAGUGACCUCAGCAUCAGUUGAUGUGCACAAGUAUGGAUUGGCUCCUAAGGGAACUAGUGUGGUUCUGUAUAAAAAUCAUGAUAUCAGAAAGCAUCAAUUUGUUGCCGUAACGGAGUGGUCAGGUGGCCUCUACGUGUCUCCAACCAUAGCUGGUAGCAGGCCGGGUGGUUUAAUAGCUGGAGCUUGGGCAGCCAUGAUGUCUUUGGGGGAAGAAGGGUACUUAGAGAACACAAGACUAAUCAUGGAUGUAUCGAAGAGAAUCCAGAAAGGGAUAAAAGAAAUUCCAGAGUUGUUUAUCGUUGGAAGGCCAGACAUGACAAUUGUUGCACUUGGAUCUGAUGUUUUGGACAUAUUCGAAGUAAAUGAUAUAAUGUCAUCUAAAGGCUGGCAUUUAAAUGCACUUCAGAGACCCAACAGCAUUCAUAUAUGCGUAACCCUUCAACAUGUACCAGCUGUUGAGGACUUCCUUGGGGAUUUGAAGGAAUCAGUUAAAACAGUGAAAGAGAAUCCCGGUCCGAUAAACGGCGGGCUAGCUCCCAUCUAUGGUGCAGCAGGGAGGAUUCCAGACAGAACCAUGGUUCAGGACUUGUUGGUAAACUACAUGGAUGGUGCAUGCUAGUUCUAAUGUGUGGGCAUUCGUUUAGACUCUUGAUUGGUUCCAAACGUUUUUUACUCGAUUUUUAGCCUAAAUUAUUUGGUUUGAGGGCUGUAAAAGAAAUACACUAUUAUUUAUUUAGAUUCAUAAAUCGUUGGAUGA